ACCAGAUGUCAGCCGCUUAGCUUUCUUUCGUGAAUAGACACCAGUCCCUUUAGCACUCGUUAAUGAUGUCUUCAAUGGCGCUCAACGUUUAUUCAAUGGAAAAGAACCAUCGAAAUCAAUAGUUUGCUGAUAACAGCCUCUCGUUUUGUAUCUUGUAUAUCUUAAUUCGUGUACUUAUCUAUGACUGUCUCACUAUUUACCAAAAAAAAAUAUUAUUUACUCACCUAAUUUUUUUUAUAAUUAUUAUUUUGAAAUUUAUAUUUUGGUUUAUUAUUAAUUUUAAUAAUGUCUGAAUACAACAAAGUUCGGAUUUCCAAAUUAGUCUUGAAAAAUGAAAAAAUCAAGUAAGUUUCUGAAAUGAUAUUUAAUAAAUAACAUAUACAUUUUUUAGGUUUUAACGUUUGACAAAAAAAAAACUGAUCUCUUGCUUUACUUAGAUAUUUAUAAUUUGUUUUAAUAGGUGUGAUAUAUGUACUUAUUUAGUUAUUACUUUAGUAUAGGAAUGACAUAUUUCAAACUUGAAAAUGUAAGGUAAAAAAAAAAUACAUAAAUUAGAAUUGAAUGUAAUAAUCUAAAAUAAUUUGAUUAAUUAUUCAGCUAUAGGUUUUCUCAUUUGCCUUCAUCCCAAUUAUUUGGGUUAGCCGCCACCCUUGCCCUAAACUUUCAUUUAAACUGAAACCUACAUUCUUUAUUGACUAUCUUCAUUUUCAAUCCUCUUUCUCUUUUUUCUUCUCACAUUAUCAUUUUUGUAUCUAUAGUAAGUAUAGAAUAUUUUUUACCUUGAUUUUUAUUUUGAUGAGAGGUGAGUAAAUAUUAACAUUUGUGUUAUAAAUCAUGUAAUUAUAUUAUCCUUUUUUCCUCCAAGAAAUUAUUUCUGAAAUAAAAUUGUACUUGAUAAAUUUCUUAUAGUCAAUCCUUUUAAUUUACAUUAUAAUAAUAUUUAAAUAUUAAAAAUAAAUAAUAGACAUAGGGCAUAGCAAUAUAGAAGGUUGAAAAUUGUCAUGACAACGGGAUACUUAGUUCAAAUAAAAGAACAUUUCCAUAUUAUAUGGGACAUCUGUCAUCCUUAUUUUAGAAUCAAUCAUCCUCCAGCUAUUUAAAUUAAUUUAUAAUUAAUAAAUAUAUAUUAUGUAUAAUGUGGGUACCCAUGUUUAAUAAAGAUAAUGUUUUAAAUAUUUAAAUUAUUUUCAGAAAAAAAAAAAAAAAGGAUAAAUCCAAGAAUAAAGAUGAAAAAGCGAAUGUUGAAGAAAAUCUAGAUAAAAUUAACCAUGGUACAUUCCUUAAUUAUUUCUGUUCAAAAAGUAUUUGGAUUUAUAAAAUUAAAAUUUUCUUUAGGAAACUGGGCCGAAGCUAAAGUGAUAAGCGAUAUUUCAGGACCAGUAGCUCUAGAAUUUGGUUCUCAGACGUAUGUAACUGCUAUGGAUAAUGGAUUGUUCACUCUCAGUCCUCCCCAUAAUGAAGGUUAGUAUUCUGACAUUCUACACAAUAAUAAAAUUUGAGAAUUGUUAGGUUAGUUUAAUUGUUACAUAGAUUACAAACUAAAUAUCCAUUAUGAGUUAUAAUCAGGGCUAGGAUUUGUAUGCAAUAAAACAUUGUAAAAUAUGCUUUUUUGUUUACCAAAAUAUGCAUUUAAAUUUUUAUAAGAUAAAUACAAAAAUAUAGCUACAAAAUGUAUUUAUUUAUUGAAAUACAUUAGUGAUUGGCUGUUUGUCUUAAUAUAAUAUUAUUGAGAAAUAAAAUAAAAUAAAUUAAUUUGGAAAUAAAAUUUAUAAUUCACAUUCAAUAAUGGANGUAGUUAGCAUAUAUUGAAAUAAAGAAAUUUUUCCUGGUGUUAAAUUACAACUGAAAUUGUCCUUGUCCGAUUCGCCAUUUAAUAUUAUAUUUAUUGAUUUUAGAGUUUUAAAUCCUUUAUUUUUUUGUAAAACCAGAGAUAUUUUGUUUUUAACUUUAUCUGCGACUCUUCCGUUACACUCAAAAAUUUGAUUCCUAGAAUUUUUAAUAAUCUAUAGACUUUCAUAAAGUCUUUCUUCGUCAAACUAUUCAAUCUUUUAUCGCAUACCUAUUGUACCAUAGAAUCGUAUUUAUAAAAAUAAAAUUUAUGUUUGACUAAAAAUCAAGUUUUUUACUUUAAUUAGCAGGGCUAGAAUUAAAUACGAAAUAUUAAUUACAAAAUAUACUGUGAAACAUGCAUUUUUCGCAUUCUUAUAAUCAAAAUAUGCAAUAAUAUUCAUUUUAUUCAAUAUAUGCAAUAAUAUGCAUUUUAUCCAAAUUAUGCAAAAACAUGCAAAAUAAAAACAUCGCCACUUAUCUCAUCAUGAGGUGAUUCGUGGAAAUUACGGACAAAAUCAAUAAUCAGAUGUCACAAAAAAAACAUGCUGUUGCAUAUAAAUCCUAGCUCUGGUUAUAAUAAACAAAUGACACGUUUUUUUCAUAUUUUAAAAUAUAAGACUGAGGAAUGGUAAAGAGUUCAUAUUUAUGGAGAACACUAAUGCAAAUUUUUGUUCCUUCUAUUAUAAAAAAAAAAAAAAACAUGUUAUUUUAAUGAUAAUAUUGUCUAGAAUUUAUUUAGUGUUGGGAUUACUUUGUCAUAAAUAAAUUAUCACAAUAUGUUACAAUAACCUAUUGCAAUAAUGCAAUCCCAAUUUUUUAAUUUUUGUUAACACAGUACAAGAUAUAAAAUAUGAUAAUAUUAAUAUAAACUACGGAUGUAUACUUGUAUAACCCUCACUGAAUAGAUUACAUAAUAAGUGAUAUCUGAAAUUUAAAUUUCAUCUAUUCUGUAGUAAUGGUAAAUAACAACAAAUAGUAUUAUAACAUAUUUAUUUAUGACACUUGAUAAAUAUCAAAUUUUAUGAUUUUUAUAUUAUGUGAUAGACACCCUAAAUUAAAAAUAAACAAUUCUGAAUUGUAAAUAAAACUCAGUUUUUAUUAUAUUAUCUAAAUAUAGUAUAAACAAUAACAUCUUUAUAAAUAAUUAAUAUAUAUAUAUAUUAUUGAUACUAUACAGGAGAACCUCCUUUACCUGAAGAAAUUUUAACAGCUAUUAUUGUCGGUGAAACUAAAAUUGCUUUAAAAUCUGGAUAUGGAAAAUAUUUAAGUGUUGAUAAAGAUGGAACUAUAGUUGGAAGGUCUGACGCUAUCGGCCCUCUAGAACAGUUUGAGCCGGUUUUCCAAGUAAUUAAACCAGCACAGUUAACUAUUUAAAAAAAAAAAAUUGUAUUUUAAUUGAUCAAUAUAAUACAUAUGUAAAUAUUUAGUUUAUAUAAUUAAGAAGUAUCUACAAUUUUGUUUAAUUAUUUUAUUUUAUUAAUGAAUUACAGGAUGAUAAACUGGCAAUAUUAGCUUCCACUGGGUGUUUUAUAUGUAUUCGUGAUGAAGAUGAUUCUUUGGUUGCGAAAAAUCGAAUUGCUGGACCUAAUGAAUUGGUCAAAGUUAGACUUCAUGCUAUUGAAAGCACACAAGAAGAAAUUGAUAAACUAGAUGAAAAGAAAGGAAAUAUUAAAGAUAUUGAAAAAAAUUAUGUGUAAGCAAUUUGAAUUAUACUUAUGUCAGUUGAUUAAUUGAUUUUAUUAAGUCCACGGAGUAGGUCUAUAUUAUUAGGAUUAUUAGAAUUAUGAAUAUAAAUUUAACAUUUAUAUUUUAAUAAAUAUUUAGACUAAAUAUUACUUAAAAACCAGGUAGCGUUCACGCUUUGAUAUUUAUGUAUUACAAUAUGUUCUUUAGUGGUUUUUUUUAUUAAAACAAGUAUUUUAAGAAAGAAAAAAUCCACCCCUUAAAUUAUCUACUAAUAUAAUACUUAGGUGUAAAUUUAAAAAAAAAAAAAAUGUCAUAAAUUGGCAUUAUAAAAACUUAUAAUAUUGUAAGAUUUAUUAAAUAUUCAACUAUUAUUUUUAUAAUAGAUAAAUAUUUAUUCUUAUCAUUUGAUCUUUUGUUAUAUUUUUAUUAUGCUUAAUGUAGAAAAUUUGUAGUAAAGCAAUGGUCUACUGAAAAACUUAAAAUAUGAUAAUUUUAUUUACUAAUUAAAUUUAUAAAUUAUUUUUUAUAUUUAUAAUUAGGUAUUGUUAUAAAAACCUAUAACCAUAAUGAUUAUUUUUUUAGGAAAAUGUUUCAAAAAUUUCAAGAUAAAAAGAUGCGCAUGAUUGAAGGCAAUCAUUGUCAAUUGAAAAAAGCUCAAAAAGAUGGAAGAUUGCAUGAAUCAUUAUUAGACAGAAGAGCAAAAACAAAAGCUGACAGAUAUUGUAAAUAGUUUAAAUUUGGUUUAGAUUUUUUUUUUUUUAUAUAUAUAAAUAUUUCAAUCCUAGAAAAUAAAAUAUAAAUACAUAAUGAUAAUUUUACUAUUGAUAUAAUAUUUAUGUUUACAAAAAUAUGUGUUGGUUAUAACGUUUGUCAUAUAAACAUUCAAUUUCAUAUUAUAUUAUUUUAGAUUUUGAGCAAAGAAAGAAAUAUAAUGAUUAGAUGGCGGAUGUUUAUGCAUUUGUCAUAUAUUUUUAUAACAUCUAAAUUAAUGCAGAAUAAGAUAGAAAUGUGUUUCAUCACUCAAAGAAUUCAAAUUACUCAUUUAAUUUUGCAUAUUUAUUUGAUUUUUACUUGAUUGAUCAUAUUUUUAUAUUCAUGCUUUUAAGUGCAUGUUUGAAGUUUUUCAUAAUAUAUAACAUCUAAUAAUCAGUACCAAUCACAUACAACGAUUAUUUUUACUAUAAAUGGAAAAACCUGCGAUAGUACUUUUUGAUACAAUAUUAAUUGCCACGAUUUAAUUUUUGUCAAUAUUUUAGUUGUGUUCCCAUUUUUGUCUGAAGUAAGUUGCUAUAUUAUAUAAAGCUUUAUAUUGAGAUUAUACAAACUCUGAUUUUUAAUGUCUGACCAAAUUUCCCUUAAAAUUAACGAACCCGAACUGAACCUACACAUUUUUAUUUGAACCCGAACUGAACCAAACUUAAAAAUGUUUUAUCGAACUCGAACAUUAAAAAACUAAAAAAGUCAGGUUAACUUUUAUGACCUUUACCAAUUUACGUUUAUGAGACCCACUAAAGAGUAAAAAUAAAAAUUGUCUUUUUUGUAAUGUGUUCUAUCACAGAAUAUUGUAUUGGUGACUGCACAGAAUCUGCAACGAAUGACUUGAACUGAACUAUUAAGUAUUUGUUUGGUUCGAAAAUUGAACAGUUUUUCACAUCUAUAUUUUUUACUUAUUUAUUUCAAAAUGCCGAAAAUUUCCUUAUUGUCGCGACUACGUAAUAUUGUUUCUAAAUUCAAAUUGUUUACUACUGAUUUAAUUGUUUCAUACUACACACUGUGUAAUAUUUCAGUAAAUGGUUACCAAUAUUUAUUAGUUAUUAGUACAAAUAAACAUAUUGAAAAUUUCAAAGAUAAAUCAUUGUCAAUAAUUAACCAACAACAACUUGUUUAAAAUAUUUAAAAAAAUUUAGUUUUCAUAAGGAUAUGUAUUCUGUGCUUUUAAAUGCCAAUAGCUCAUUAAAAAAAUUAGCAAUAAAGCUUUUUGAAAAUUUUUAAGCAAAUAUAUAAAGCAUGAUAUUCCAAACGAAUGUUAAGGAAAAAUUAUGUUCCUGAAAUUUAUAGUAAAACAAUUCAGAAAAUCCAUGACUAUAACAAUAAUUUUUAAUAAAUAAAAUAAGUUCUAAAUAAAUAAUUUUAUUGAUGCAUAUUUUUCAUUUUUUUUUUUUAGUAUAAACAUCCACUCUCCAAUAAUGAUUUUACUAAGUGUGCCUUCAGGCCUAGGUCCAGUAUUAAACACAACUAAGCAAACUUAACUUUUGUCAUCUCUUAUACAUGUAAAUACUGCGUUAACAAUUUUAAAUGCCAUCCUAGGCGUGAGCCUAUAUCGUUUACCACUUUAGCCAUGCCUGUGUGCCUUAUUUUUUUCUGUGAACAAAAAUUUUACAGAAAACUUUUUCCUAUCGAGAACAUCCAAUUGACGAAAGGUAACAAAUUGUAUUUAUUUAGUUCAUUGUAAGGGCAGUAGAUGAAAUUCCUAAAUUUUCCUUGUUUUUUCUUUGAAUUACAUAAAUAAGUAUUGCCACAGUUCCAAUGUUAUUAACUAUCAUGAUUAUAUUUUUGGUGACUCAUAUAGUUUGUAAAAUAUACAUACAUAUAUUAUUUUUGUAUUAGAAUAUAAAAUAUUAAAACAUUAGAUUACCUUUUUUUUCUGUCGUG